GAUCUCCACGAACAUCUCUCGAUGUGUGUACACAUACGCACACGUAUGCGCUGCGCGUGUAUUUCGGAAGUUAAGCUGUUUACGAAAUUGGCGGUUAGGUCGAGCACGGGGACUCGCGCGUUUUAAAUUACGAUAUUGUAUGUAAAUCUUGGUGAAAAUAUUAAAGGCUACUCAUUAUCGCCGCGCUCCUCCGACCGACAUUUCUUCGCGAUGAUACUCAGUAAAUUGUCUACGCGACUGCUGAACGCUAGUGCGUCUCUGGUUUUCAAUUCUCAGAACAAAUCUGUGGUACGCGAGCAUGUCAGGUGGAUACAGUUCACGUAUUAUACCGACAAGAACAACGACGUCACCGGUAAGACUGAAAAGAUGAAUAUGUAUCAAGCAAUAAACAAUGGACUUCGAAUUGCGAUGGCAAAAGAUCCCGAUGCAGUGAUAUUUGGCGAGGACGUAGCGUUCGGAGGCGUAUUCCGUUGUACGCUUGAUUUGCAAAAAGAAUUCGGAAAAGAUCGAGUUUUUAAUACGCCACUUUGCGAGCAAGGUAUCGCUGGUUUUGGAAUUGGUUUAGCCACUAUUGGUGUUACAGCGAUCGCGGAAAUUCAAUUCGCGGAUUAUAUAUUUCCAGCCUUCGACCAGUUGGUAAACGAAGCAGCUAAAUUGAGAUACCGAAGUGGAGGAGAGUUCGAUUGUGGUAAAUUAACAAUUCGAGCUCCUUGUGGAGCUGUUGGUCAUGGUGGACUUUACCAUUCGCAAAGUCCAGAAGCUUAUUUCGCUCAUACACCAGGUUUGAAGAUCGUUAUGCCCCGCGGAGCGAAGCAGGCGAAAGGUCUUUUGUUGAGCUGCAUAGAGGAACCGGAUCCCUGCAUCAUGUUCGAGCCAAAAAUACUCUACCGUACCGCGAUCGACGAGGUGCCGACGGCUCAUUACAAGAUAGAGAUCGGCAAGGCUGAGGUUGUGAGGCAAGGUGACGCGGUGACACUAGUGGGCUGGGGUACUCAGGUGCACGUACUGCUGGAGGUGGCCGAUCUCGUCCAGGAGGAGCUCGGCGCGUCCUGCGAGGUGAUAGACCUCGUUUCUAUCCUGCCUUGGGACGCGGAACUCGUUUGCAAGUCGGCGACGAAAACUGGCCGUGUGGUGAUCGCCCAUGAAGCGCCGCUAACCAAUGGAUUCGGAGCAGAAAUAGUUUCCACCGUUCAGGAACAGUGUUUUCUACAUCUGGAGGCGCCUAUUCAAAGGGUUACAGGCUGGGACAGUCCCUUUCCGCACGUCUUCGAGCCGUUUUAUCUGCCCGACAAGUGGCGGUGCUUCGCGGCUGUCAGAAACAUCCUGAACUACUGAAGAGACAGGGAUAUUCUACUUAAGAACACGGCGCAGUAGAAUACACCAGAAACCUGUUGCCUGUGCGGACAUUACCCCGCGAGAACACUCACGCUUUAGAUAUCGAUUUUCGGUAUUCUCUAUGGACUCCCUCUAUAUCUCGGUGGUUAGAGAGAGAGAGAGAUAGAUUGGUCCAGGUGAAGUUUAAUAAGUUCAAUCGUUAUCGUCCAAAUUUGUCGGGUUUUUCUCUCAAUUGUCAAACCAUGUGAAACUCGAGGAAGGUAAUCACGAAGGAUCAGGUUUAAAGGUUCUUUGCUAUGUGUAUUUUUAUGUUUCUUAUGGUAAUUUAAUAAACUGAUACUACUGUCGACGUUACGUUGAAGAAUGCUGUUCUUUUACGAGUGUCUGGUUACAGAUAAGAGUGACAUCGGAGAGGACGAAUAAUGUUCGACUAAUUUCUU